UGGGUGUUGAAGGUCGUCCGCAUAUUUGAUUGGUUAGCGUAUUUUUGCCAAUUAAUCUGUUGUGUCCACGAAUUUGUUAGGUACUUACACUAAUAGCUCAGCCAUUCAAAACUGCUGUAUGAGAAGUCUUGUAAAAGGUGAUCACUGCAGCUAUAUCGACAUUGAUUUUCUCCUCCAGCGUAAAUUUCAACUCUGCGGACAACAAAUAUGUGAUAUGUAUCAGCUGCUAGGGCUUUAUCAAAAAUUAAAUGCAAAAAGCAUUUGCAGUUGUGUGAAUAAAAGUGUUCAAGCUAUAAAUAAAGGGAAUAAUGAAACUCAAGACAGUUAUUCGGAGAAAUCACUCAUAAAAGAAGUUGAAGAAGUGCUUAGCAGGGCACAUUUAACUCUCUUUCCGCACCAAACCGAAAAAACACUCAUCGUCAUACUGGAAAGUGGUAAGAGCGUGUCACUGUCAAAGGAGAAAAGUAUUGAACAAACCAAAUCUAAGACUUACAACAGCCAUCUGCCUUCAAGGCAUAAACAAAACUUCCCUGCAUUUUGCAAGGUUCCAUACAAAACGGAUAUGUGCAUGUGGAAACGGGGCAGGAUAGUUUCAUCAAACCACCAAACAGUCAAAACACCUAUGAAAAUAAAGGAGCACAAAAAUACAAUGGAAGAAAAUAAUUGUGUCAUUAAAGAAUGCACAGGUGAACAGAAACAUAUAAAGCACAGUUGUCUUCAAAACAUGAAUUUAAUAUCCGAUUUAGAUCCAGAGUGUGCUUGUAGCCAGAGUCAGGAGCUUCAAAGGGCUGGGUUGGUUAGGCAACUAGAUAAAGGUCUUUAUCGUUUACGCUUCUUGGUUUGGCGAAUUGGACAAAUAACAAAAUGGGACGGCGAAGAUAUACUACUAACUUUUUAUAAAAAAUAUGUGACCAAAUCUGAAGUAAUUCCUAGCAUGUACCUACCCAUUCAAAGUUGUAAUCUGGCUGGGGUUUUAUUUGAUCGUUUCUCCAGUCUCAUACUACUUAUUGACAUCAAUAUGGCGAGUCAAGAGGAGAUUUAUUGGAUACGGUGCAUUUUGUCUAGAUUUAUUCACCUUUUAAAAAUGCUGAAGUUAAUUCUGGCAAGAACGAAUCAUCGGUCAAGUGGUUCACAUGUUCGUCACAGGAUAUUUCUUAUAACUCCUCCAUUCAGAAUGAUCGUGUAAAUGCCUGGUUUGCUUCAAAACAGCCAGUUAGGUCGGUUGUUUCCCCAAGUCCAUACGAAACUUAUCUGACGAUAGGGAACUGUUCUAAUCAAUCAGGAAUGACUUCGCGUUUGUCAGCGCUAACUUCGUGCCGUCGUAUGUGUGUAUUUAGUGGGAGCAAAAAAGAAAUACGUCUGUUUACAAACCUGUGGAGUGAACUAGAAUCCAUACAAAUUGAAUUCGAAAUGUUGAACAUUUUCAAGUCGAAACUUCCAGAACUGCUUACUGAUCUGUUUUCCCAUACUGAGAAUCGCGCUUCAGCUUUUCGUGAUUUACAUACACUUGUAUGCGGAAAUAGUCCUUCAGUUUUAAAAAGUAACUUGUGAUAAGUCUACAUUUCUGUUGUAAGUCAGCUUUUCUUAUGCUUCGAUACUUUGUACAUUUGAUCAAUAAAGUGUAUUAUAACAC